CAAAAAGUCAUCGGUGAGAACAUGGCGGAUGAGAGGUAUAACCGGAAGAAUCCGGCGGUGAAGAGGAUUUUGCAGGAGGUUAAGGAGAUGCAAGCAAAUCCGUCUGACGAUUUUAUGUCUCUUCCCCUCGAGGAGAAUAUAUUUGAGUGGCAAUUCGCAAUCAGAGGUCCUUGUGACACUGAAUUUGAAGGUGGGAUUUAUCAUGGGAGGAUCCAGCUGCCUUCAGAUUAUCCUUUCAAGCCUCCUUCAUUCAUGUUAUUGACCCCUAGUGGUCGUUUCGAAGUCAAUACUAAGAUUUGCUUGAGCAUUUCUAAUUACCAUCCUGAGCAUUGGCAACCUUCAUGGAGCGUUCGGACUGCUUUGAUGGCUCUUAUUGCGUUCAUGCCUUCAAACCCCAAUGGAGCAAUAGGCUCAGUAGAUUACCCAAAGGAGGAGAGACGUGCGCUAGCCACUAAAUCACGUGAGACACCACCCAAAUAUGGUUCUCCCGAGCGUCAAAAAGUUAUUGACGAGAUUCAUCAAUACAUGCUCAGCAAGGCAACUUCUCCUAAACCUAAUCCCCAUGAAUGUAACAAAACGACUUCCGCUGAUUCAGACGGUCAGUCCCAAACCAAGCAGCGUCUUGCUGCAACUGCUAUAUCAGAACCUGAUACCGCGACUGAAGUGAGUCUAGUUGAUCAAAUCGCUGAAGAAGCAGCUCAGGCUGAGACUGUUCUUCCAGGAGCUAAUGCAGCAGUAGAGGCUACCGAGGGAGAUAACGGAAACGGUUUGAUGAUGCGGCGGGAGCAACGAACGGCUGUUGUCAGGACGGCUCAGAAACCGAGUGAUGAUAGGCUGUUCACGUGGGCGGCGGUUGGACUCACGAUUGCGAUUGUGGUUCUUUUGCUGAAGAAGUUCGUAAGGUCAAGUGGUCAUGGCGCUUUGUUUAUGGACGAGUCGUGA